AUGGCUGCUAGGAAGCGAGCUCCGGCAACGGAGACCUCAAAGCCCGAACCGGAAAAGCCCAAGCCCGAAACCCAUCAAACAGACUCCCCUAUUCGGCCCGCUAAACUCUUCACAAUCACGAAAAUCUUCCUCAUUUUCGCGAUCCCCUAUUUUUUCUUGCUUUUUUGGUACGAAAUUGAGCACGAGCUCAAAAAAUCGAUCUUGAUCAAUUCGGUCGCGAGCAUUAUAGGGUUUUUCGUAACGGUGAGCUUGAUCCCAGUGGCGUCCAAGUAUGUGCUGAGAAGGAACUUGUUUGGGUUUGAUAUAAACAAGAAAGGUACCCCUGAUGGAUCCAUCAAAGUGCCUGAGUCAUUGGGAAUUGUAGUUGGGAUAGUGUUUCUGGUUGUGACGAUUUUGUUCCAGUAUUUCAACUUCACUGCAGACUCGAAUUGGCUCGUUGAGUACAAUGCUGCACUGGCAUCAAUUUGCUUCAUGAUUCUCCUUGGGUUUGUUGAUGAUGUCCUUGAUGUACCUUGGAGAGUAAAACUAGUAUUGCCAUCUGUAGCUGCCCUUCCACUGUUGAUGGCUUAUGCGGGGCAUACAACUAUAAUUAUUCCAAAGCCUCUCGCUCCAUAUGUUGGAUUGGAGAUUUUAGAUUUAGGGUGGAUAUACAAGCUCUAUAUGGGGCUCUUGGCUGUAUUUUGCACUAACUCAAUCAACAUUCACGCUGGUAUCAAUGGCCUCGAAGUUGGACAGACUGUUGUUAUUGCUUGUGCUAUAUUAAUACACAACAUAAUGCAAAUUGGAGCAUCUACUGAUCCAGAAUACAAGCAAGCACAUGCGUUCUCCAUUUACCUUACUCAGCCCUUGCUGGCCACUUCUUUAGCCUUGCUUUCUUACAACUGGUAUCCAUCUUCAGUGUUUGUUGGUGAUACUUACACUUACUUUGCUGGGAUGACAAUGGCAGUGGCUGGCAUUUUAGGCCAUUUCAGUGAAACACUUUUGAUAUUCUUCGCGCCACAAGUCCUCAACUUCCUCCUCUCACUUCCUCAGCUGGCUGGUAUUGUACCUUGUCCACGUCACCGACUCCCCAGGUUCGACCCCAAGUCUGGCCUAUUGACUGGGACGAACGAUGGGACUCUCGUGAACUUCUUUUUAAGACAGUUUGGUCGAAAAACAGAGAAGUCACUUUGUAUUCUGUUGCUUGUUUUCCAGGCUAUAUGCUGUGGGUUCUGUUUCUUUCUGAGGUGGCUACUCACAGGCUGGUACAAGUGA